UUGCAGACUGUCAUGGCGGCCCCCACUGCUCUGCUCGGUUUGUGCGACGCAGAGCUCGACUCUAAACGACACCGCUCCUCCUGCCUCACCAACAAGCUCGGCGGGGCUCCGGAUUGGCCCCCGCACGCCUCCCGCACGCCUCCCCGCUGCGGGCGCUGCGGGGCCCCGCUGGCCCACGUGGUGCAGGUGUACUGCCCCCUGCAGGGCUCGCCCUACCACCGCAACCUCCACCUGUUCGCGUGCACGAGCGCGGCGUGCAGCGGCCGCUCGGACACGUGGACGGCGCUCCGGUCCCAGAGUCUGGAGGAGCGGACACCCAGCAGGCCUGACCCGCCUCAGGAGGCUCCUCUGGCGGCCACUGACUGGUGUGACACCGCUGAUGACUGGGGGGUGGAGGAGGGAGGAGGAGGAGGAGGAGGGGGAGGAGGUGUGAAGGAGGAGGAGGAGGGAGGAGCAUCCGGUGAGUUUGAUGUCAGCAGCCAGCUUCAGGACCUCCGUUUGUUGGACUCUCAGGAUGACGUCCCCGUCCUCCGUGAGUUCUUCAUCAGCGUGGUGGAGGAGUCGGAUCUGUGCGGAGAGGAAGACGACCUUCAUCACGCCCGGAAGCUUCUGAAGGAGUACGAGAGGAGAGAGGGCGUGGCGGUGGGAGAGCUGGAGGACGGCGAUGGCGGCGGCGAUGGCGGGAAGGAGAAGUACGAGAAGACGAGAGCCCGGCACGGAGACGCCGUCUUCUCCAGGUUCAUGAAGAAGAUCUCGCUCUGUCCUCAGCAGAUCCUGCGUUACUCUCACGGAGGGAAGCCGCUCUUCAUCUCCGAGCCGCCGGCCGACUUGGACCGGCUGGUGACGGCGUGCGGCUCCUGUGGAGGAACGAGGACGUUUGAGCUGCAGCUGAUGCCGGCUCUGGUCAGUCUGCUGAGGGGGAAGGAUGGAGGCGGCGUGGAGGCGGAGCUGGAGUUUGGGACGGUGCUGGUUUACACCUGCAGAGACAGCUGCUGGACGGCAGGAUCCGGAUCAGGAUCAGGAUCACCUGUGGAGGAGUUCUGCUUCGUUCAGACGGACCCAGACCAGCAGCUCUUUAAAUGAGCGAGCAGGUCGUUUGGUUUUUAUUUAAAAAGUAGGAAAACAGAUCAGAUUUUGGAGGCUGCUUUUAUAACCGAAGAAUCUUCUCAGCAUCUCAAAGUCUUGUUUUUGAAGACCUCACCCUGCUGCUGUGAUGUUGAAGUGUACUCCAGGACACAGUGACAUCACCGUUGGGUGUUUUGAUGGUUUAAAGUGCAACAGAGAACAUGUGUGACUUCAGUAGAGCUGUCUGCGUUGAAACGGACGUGAAACACCACCAAAGUUAAACCUUAAAGAGUGACUGUACGGACCCUAAUCAAUGAAGUGAAGUCAAGAUAAAUCAGAUGAGGACGAGCGCCUGAAAAAAUGCUGCAAAAAUCCCACAUUUUUAAAAUAUAUGAGCAGAUUCUGUUAUUAUUUCCUCUUCCAACCAAAUGUUUUUGUUUAAUGCUGCAAAAAGCUGCUUCUGGUUUUAGAAAAAGACGUUU